AUGAGUCUGCUCGACCUCCCAAACGAGGUGCUUCUCCUUGUGCUCGUGUACGUCGGGAACUCGACGUUGCAAGACCUGGCGCACGUAGCAGCCACUUGCCGGCGCCUGGCCGAUUUUGUCUAUGGCAGGGACGUGGUGCUCUGGCGCCACCUCCACGCGCAGCGAUACGACGACCCGCGGCGAGCGCGCGCGUUCAUCCACCAACGAGAACCCUACGACUGGCGCUCAGCCGUAAUUGACCGCGAUUGGGUCACGCGCGCCGCCGCCCUCGCCGCACGCACGCGCCGCUCAACUCUGCCCGCACGACAGCCAGUGGUCCACCAGAGAGUACGCUACGCCCGUGUUCUCCUCGGCCUGUACCGUGACUUCGGGGGAGUGUGGACAUCGCUCAAUGGCCUCCUCCUCAAGCACCUCCGCUCUCCAGAGUUUGCAUUUGUGGCGCAGCUCGACCCGCGGACUGGCGAGAGUAUGGGCAUGAUACUCUGUAGCCUCCGCAGAUCGAGGUUCACACGGCUGCCACGCUUGCUCCCACACAUUGGGGGGCCAGGUCUCCUAGGCGUCAAGCCGGAAGGCGACUGGCCCGGCGUGGCAGGGCGAUGGCGUUGUGAUGCGUAUCGCUUUGACGCGUCACGGGUCGGCGUUUGGAGUGUAGGCGAGUAUGACGUCGUGCCUGUCUCUUUCGAUGAGCUGCAGAAGACAUACGCCGCCCGCUCGCAGCGCGCCGCUGCACAUUGGAAGUAUUUGGACUGUAAUACGUCAACUGACAUGCCGGCCGUGUACUUUAUAGGCGAGGGCAGUGGGCUGCCGCACGACUCGAGAGGCGAAAGCCUCGUUGGCGAGCACUUUGUCUGCGGAGUUGUGCAUCUGACAACCGACAAUCCGCCGCAGGUGGCAUGGACGUGGGUGCUGGAGAACACGGGCGUGCAGGUUGGCUACGAAGACUUCGUCAUGGUCGUCGAGGCCGUGCAGGUCGGUGGGCGGUGUGCGACGGCGGGCCUCUUUGGGAAAUACCGCGACCUCUAUCUUUACGAAGGACGAGGUGAGGGGGGCGUGUGGAUGUCCAAGAAGGAGGGCUAA